UCUCGGCCGAGAAUAAGUCUUCCUGGUUUCACGAUAUAGUCGGCUGCCUUCCCCUUUAAAUGUGUUUUGGACCCAUGCAAAAGUUGUGGUCACAGGAUUGAAAUAACUAACGCGAUUUCCAGAGGGAGAUUCAGUUAGGAGGGAAUCCUUUAUAUUUUCGCCGCGUUUCAGCGCAUCAGUAAACAGUUGAGCUGCUCUGACUCAUCUGCCGGUGUUAAAGCAGGAUAACCGGCUGUGGAAUGGCUUUGCUGACUCUGCACAGAGCGCCGUCUAUUUGCACAACACCGGACGAGCCUAUCCCCAGACGAGGAAGACUUCAGAAAAGAGAAAGUUUCGCCCUGGUUAAAGGGGCCGUGCUCCUGGUGGAAGAGGAAGAGAGGGAGGGAAUACAAGAAGAAACCGUAUCCCCUCGUCUGGGUCCUCGGCUCGGAGGCCAAGCUUCUGACACUCAACGCAGACAUUUGCAUGCAAUGAUUUCAUUACUGCGACCUGAAGACACAGUCAAACUGGCUGUACGUCUGGAGUCAGCGAGGACAGUCAGAGUUCGAUAUUUGCUCAUAAUUGGAACACUUGACAAUAAAGAAGAGAGUCUGCUACUCGGCAUGGACUUUCCAAGCUCAAACAGUGAUGAGUGCACUAUUGGCCUUGUCUUGCCAAUAUGGAGUGACACACAAGUUUAUCUAGAUGGAGAUGGAGGUUUCAGUGUGACAUCUGCAGAAGUGACACGAAUCUUCAAGCCUGUGUCCAUUCAGACGAUGUGGUCAGUUCUGCAAGCACUGCAUGGCUGUUGUGAACGGGCCGUGCGUGGGGCUGUUAUACCCAGCAGCGGCCUCGAGUGGGCACAGCAUUACAAACAGAAUGUGGAAUCUGACCAGCACUGCCUUAAUGAAUGGGGGGCUAUGACUGGCCUGGAGUCGGUGAGGAAAGACACUGGUGGAAGAUCAUCGUCGAACCGGGAGUCAGUGGAGAGGGAGAUCAAGGCCCAGCUACGGGAUAUCAUGAGGACUGAGGACUUGGAAAACAUUACUUCAAAGCAGGUGCGUACAUCUCUGGAAUCCAGAAUAGGUAUCGACAUGAAGGACUACAAGGAGUAUAUUGACAACGAGAUGAUGGUCACAAUGGCACAGAUGGACAAACCUUCCAGAAUCUUGGACUACCUUUACUUGGGUUCAGAAUGGAACGCUGCCAACUUUGAAGAACUACAGAAGAACAAUGUGGGCUACAUCCUGAAUGUUACCAUGGAGAUUGACAACUUUUUCCCAGAAUGCUUCACCUAUAUGAAUAUUCGAGUGUAUGAUGUGGAGGCGACUGACCUGCUGUCACACUGGAACAACACAUACAUGUUCAUCAACGAAGCAAGGAAGAGCGGACAGGCGGUCCUGGUGCAUUGUAAGAUGGGUGUCUCUCGCUCUGCCUCCACAGUAAUUGCUUUCCUGAUGAAGCAACAAGGCUGGACUUUAGAUCACGCACUCAACCACGUGAGAGAAAGACGGCCUAUUGUGCAGCCCAAUGACGGUUUCCUCAAACAGCUGAACACGUACAGCGGCAUCCUCAAUGCCAGCAAGCAGCGCCACAGUGCCCUCUGGAGGAGGAAGUCCAAAGCAGAAGCCCGUCAGCCGUCAGUCCACAACGAACCAGCGACAGGGGAUGAAAAUGAAGAGAAAGAGGAAGAAGAGGAGGAAUCGCAGAGCCCUGAUGAGGAAAGCAGCGAGGAGGACACUGACGUGUUUGAACAGAUGGGUGAGAAUGUUCUAGAUACUGGAGAGGCAGAAUCGGCCACAUCCAACCAGUUUCUUACUAUUCAGGAAAGUGAUAAGGUGUCGUCCAGCCCGAGCAGAAGUGGCAGGAUGGAUUUGUUUUCUCUUAUGCAGUCUAUUCAGCUUGAUGAUGAGGAUCGAGGGAUGGAUAAAGAGAUGAGCGUCUGUCAGAGACUUUCCCCAGGACAGAGACGGCGGAGUCAGGGAAGAAGAGGUUUGACUUAUCAGAGAGCACACGUGGAUGCUUCCCCUGAGCCCAGCAGCCGACAGACACAACACACAAACAAUGAUGAAGCCGGACUCUGAAACACUUCGACAGCCUCUUAAAAUGAUGGAGAAAAGUGAAAAGGUGAGGAAAAGGAACACAAACAGUCAUGCUAACACAAAUGGACGCUCUUGCACACAAGUCUUAUCCUUCUGAUUGUAUCAUUCCACGGAUUUAAAGAUUUAAAACAAGGUACUUUAUUCACAUAUUUGCUGUACUGAAGCUCAUUUAAGUCAUUUCACUUGGAGGAAAUGAGUAUCUCAUCAAUCUUUCCAUCCAUCUAGCCUGAAAAUCAUAAUCUGUGGUGAUUAUUCAGGUGGAUUGUAGUGAGUAUUAUUGAUACUGAUUCUUCAGAGCAUUUUCAUUCAAAAUUGUGCCUUUUUGAAAUCUUUGUAUUCUUUGCACCUUCAUAUAUUGAGCCAUAUUAUUCAGUUUAUUUCACAGGUUUUACUAUAGUGUUAUAGAGUGAAUGGAGUGUUUCGUAGCUGUAUCCAUUAUGACGUUAUCCAGAACCAUGAACAGAACAGCAAAGGGGGAAACGUUAGGAGAACGCUUGAAAAAUUCUCAUAUGUGUCAUGAUAAAUCAUUAGUUCCUUUCGAACAACUCGCGCUCAAUUCCUGGAGGGCUGCAGCUCUGCAGAUUUUAGCUCCAGCCACCUCCAACUUACACCUACUUGAAAGUUUCUAGUAGUCUUAAACAACUUUAGUUUAGUGUGUUUGGUUAGGGCUGGAACAAAACAAUGCAGAGCUGCGGCCCUCCAGGAAUCGAGUUUGAGACCUACAUGUACGCUUUAGAAAAGGGGUCACCAAACUUGGAGAGCCGGUGACCUGCAGAUUUGAGCUCCAACCCUAAUCAAACACCCCUGAACCAGCUAAUUAAGCUCUUACUAGAUAUACUAGAGUAACUAGAAACUUCCUGGCAGGUGUGUUGAAGCAAGUUGGAGCUAAACUCAGCAGGAUACUGGCCCUCUAGGACAGAGUUUGGACACCCCUGCUUUAGAACAAAACAAAAAUCUUCCAGAUUUCAAGUAAACAUGUUGUCAUAAAGAGCAUUUAUAUUCGUUUUCAGACAACACCAUUCCAGUGUUUGAACAUCAGACGUUAAGACAUCGGUAUUUGCUUAAAUAACCCUGAUUCUUAGAGAAAUGCUGUAAAUGACAACAUCUGGAUCAAACAAUAAAGAAUAAAACAAAUAUUAACAUUUCACUUGAAACUAUAUCUAAAUAACCAUUAAGUCAUGAGAGUUUUUCCAAGCGGCCUCUUAAUUUGCACCAUACCUUGUUGUUUUUAAUGAAUAAAUAUAUGAAUACGAGUGUGCGCACACUCAUUUGAACAGUCCUAUGCAAUAAUCUACUUUUAAUAGCUGUUUCUUCUCCAUGAAUGUGAAGCUUUGCGCUGCCUGUUGGAGAUCGGUUUGUGAAAAGAGUGUUGAGAACGCAAUCAAGGAUUGAACAUUUUAGUAUUCUAUAUGCCAGGGGUGCCCAACCUCUGUCUUGGAGGGCCGGUGUCCUACAUAUUUUAGUUCCAACCCCAAUUAAACACACCUGAAGCAGCUAAUCAAGCUCUUUCUAGACUUCCAGGCGGGUGCGUUAAAGGAAGUUGGAGCUAAACUAUGCUGGAGUUUGGGCACCCCUGCUCUUCCAUUUAAUUCCAUUUUGGUGUCAGAAAGAUUUUUCUAUAUAAAUAAGUGCUGUUUAUUCAGAGGAGGCAUUCAAUUGUUAAAAAGUGACACUAAAGACAUUUAUUACUGCUUUUUUAACUUUCCAAGUUCUUAAUUCCUAACAAUAUAAUGUAAAUGAAUACAAAUAUUAAGCAAUGGUUUCCAGCAUUGGUCAUAAUGAGAAAUAUUUAAUUCUUUAUUUAAAAAAAAUCAAAUAUAUUUCCGCUCAUUCAUUAAGCUGAUGCUUUUUAUCCAAUAUGAGAACAUUAAAUAUCUAUUAGAACUAAAGAAUCACACUAAACAAUUUUUAAAUAAACAACUUCGAUUACACUUUAGUUUAGGUCACAAUUCUUGCUGUUUACUACUUAUUACCUGCCUAUUAUUAUGAGAAGGGGUGUAGCGGACAUUUUAAAAGUGGGGCGGGGGGUGGCUGAAUGAGAUCCAAAAGUUUACGUUCAUAUAAUUAUUAAUUACCUGUUUCUAAAUGGUCUGGCUUUAAAAGUGAGGGGACGUAUCCCUGUCAUCCCGAUCCCCACCCCGGUUGCUGCGCCCCUGAUUAAGAGAUUAACUCUGAGGCGAAGGAGUGGACAAGCGAACGCAGAGAGCCUGAGUAUACGCAAGAGAGACCCUCUUGCAGACAUUCGGCCUCUCUUUCGCGCGUUCACUUGAGGUUUGCCCAUUCUGGCGACUCAUAAUUAACAGAAUAUCAGUAGUUAUAAAGUAUGAUCUUAUUCUACAUCCCUAAUCAUCCUACCCAAUACCAAAACCCAACUUCUACCCUACCAAAUAUUAAUAAACAGCUAAUUAGAAGUUUAUUAAUCUAGUAGUGUUAGUUAAUACCAUGAAUUGUGACCUAAACUAAAGUGUUAGCACAACUUUUUAUAUUACCUGUAAUAAACGUCACAUUUUUACUGUGUUUUUAAAUAAAUAAUUGCAGCAUUUUUAAAAAGUCUUUCUGACUCCACUUUUGAAUGGUAAAGUUACUAGACGGUGAUGUUUUUAAACCUUUGGAGCUAUUUUCACGUCUUUUGCAAUUAAGCAGAUGUUGUCUAAUAUUGUUUUUAACCUGUACAGUAUGUAGGAAACACAACCUGAGAAGAAAAACAAACAAACCCUGAGUAUUCUCCUUAAAGUGCCAUGCCUUGUGUCUGUACUCUUUCAAUCAUUCUGCAUGAUGGCUCAGUGCCUUUAGUACUGUAGAUAGAGGUGGACUGAAAGGACUACAUUUGUUGUAACUAACUAACUGUGUGUUUAGCUGUUAUGGGCUGGCUCAUUGGUGUGUGUGCGUUUGCAUGAUGUCGCGUGUAUCAUACUGUAUGCAUGCUGUUUGUACUGUAUGUGAAGCAUGUGUCCCUCUAUGUAUAAAUAUAUACAAUCUGCUGUAAAACAUUUUGUUUAUUCUGUCCUUGCACAAAGUGCCAAAUGUUGUGAGACCAAAGUUGUGUUGCGGGAUGUUCUUCGUUUGGGGCUCCACCGGUUUUGCAUUGUUUUUCCACAAGAAUGUCUUUUAAAUGAUGUAUUCGUUCUAGAUAACGGCCCACAGCCUUCAGAGCGCUGAUUUGCUUCCCCUCACCGGGUGUAUAAUGUGCCAUGCCUUAUCAGAUUCACGAAAUGGUUCUAUCAUUUGUUCUGAUGCGUAACUGCAGUUUUUUUUGUUCAUUUUUGGCAUUAUAUAUGUCAAGGUUGCUGUUGCUUUUUGUUUUCUAUUUAUGACUGAUCUGAACAUGUAUCUUUUAAAUUUGAUAUUCAUGGUUUUAUGUGAUAUAAAAAUUAAAAUGAAUUUGUUAUGGGA